AUGGCUCCGAUGGCUACUACCGUUGAUCCAAUAAACAGCAUUGAGCCCAUCAACGUCGAUAAGGCCAAUGGGUUUCACGCAGAAAACAACGGCGCUCAUGUCAACGGCCACAAUGGCCACAAUGGCUCAACUCCCAGACAGAACGGCUUCUCGCCUGCCUCGACAGACUCACGCCCUCCCACGUCGUCAUCCCGUUCGUAUCAAGAGGAUACCCCGUCCAACGGGAUCAGAUACAGCAGAUCCCAUAGAAUCCCGACGUUCGGCAUCCAUGAAGAGGAUAACGGUCCCAGGUCAAGGGGCUAUGCGAACAUCCGCACAUAUGCUGAUGAUGCUCGGAGACAGUACCCCCGCAUCUCAAAGCCCGUGGAGUUGAUGCGCAGCAGUUAUGACUGUGUUGUCAUCGGCUCGGGCUACGGCGGUGCUGUUGCUGCAUCCCGUCUUGCCCGCUGUAAAGAUGCGAACGGGAAGCGCCAGUCGGUCUGUGUACUGGAACGAGGCCAGGAGAAGUGGCCUGGCGAAUACCCCACCGGAGUUCUCGAUGCUUUCGACGAGGUCCACGUCUCUGGCGAGUUCGCCCCUGGGUGGCUUCCAAGUACCACCAUUGAAAGGGGUGACCCGACGGGCAUGUAUCACUUAAUAUUUGGAAAGGGGCUCAACGCAGUUGUCGGCAACGGCCUCGGAGGAACUAGUCUGAUGAACGCUAACGUCUUCCUCGAGGCGAACGAGGCCACCCUGUCCAUGCCUAUCUGGCCAAAGGUCAUCAGGGAGGACCCCGGAAGUCUCAAGAAGUUCUACCAGAGAGCCAGGGAGGUUCUCGAGCCCACCGAGUAUCCAGACGAUUGGCCUGAGCUUCCCAAAGUUAAGCUCUUCAAGAAACAAGCAGCUGCUCUUGGCCUUGCGAACAAGUUCAAAAUGGUGCCCCAAACGACCAGAUUCCGAAAUGGCCCCAACAGCACCGGCGUGGAGAUGUCCCCAUCAGCUUUGACCGGCCAGGACUGCACUGGUCUCAACGACGGAUCCAAGACGACUACCCUGGUGACAUAUCUGGCAGACGCCUGGAACUGGGGCGCAGAGAUGUUUUGCGAGAGCGAGGUCCGAUACAUCAAGAAGGCCGACCCCAGUGUCGGCGGUUACCUUAUCUUUUUCGCCUGGCAUGGUCGCAACAGGGGUCACUUCAAAGCAAACCUCCAUGGCGACUUGAUGUGGGUUCAUGCCAAAGAGUGUGUCUUCCUGGGCGCCGGUGCCAUCGGCAGUACCGAGAUUCUUCUCCGUAGCAAGGAGAUGGGUCUGCCAAUGAGCCCACGCGUUGGCGAGAACAUGAGUGGCAACGGUGACAUGCUGGGCUUCGGAUACAACAUGGACGAAGAAGCGAACGCAAUCGGAACGCCCUUCCCGAGUCCGUAUAACCCGGUCGGUCCCACGAUUAACUCCAUCAUUGAUGAUCGUGAGGGGCAUGAGAACCCGCUCGAUGGGUACGUGAUCCAGGAGGGCGCGAUUCCCCGGUCAAUGACACCAUUCCUCCAAACACUGUUGGAGAUGAUGCCCGGAAACAUCGAGGCCACUGGGGAGCCACUGCAUGAGAGAGUGCGUUCCGCCUUCGCCCGAUAUUCAAGCCACUUGUUCGGCGCCUACCGCCAGGGCGGAUCAAUGGACAACACGCAGGUCUACCUGGUCAUGUCCCACGACAGCAGUCAGGCGAUGCUCACUCUCAAGGAUGACAAGCCGGUUCUCGAGUUCCUCGGAGUCGGACGCAGCGAUCAUGUCCGGAAGCUCAACGACUUGUUGGCCAAGGCCACCCAAGCUGUUGGCGGAACAUUUGUCAACAACCCAUUCCAUGCCUUGAUGGGAGGUCAACAGGUGACUGUUCAUCCUAUCGGUGGGGCAUGCAUGGCUCGAGAUGACACUGGUGCCACCGGCGUGACGAACGAUGUCGGCGAGGUAUUCGCCGGGGACGAGGAUGAAACCCACCCCGGUCUGGUUGUGACUGAUGGCUCCGUCAUUCCCGGCGCCAUCGGUGUCAACCCCUUCGCCACCAUCACGGCCCUCGCUGAGCGUUCUGUCGACGCCUACAUCCACAGGAAGAACCUCAAGAUCCACCCCAACAAGAACGGCAUCCUGGACCUUUUUGGCGAGCCCAAGUUCGCACCAAAGAACAACCGAGACACGGAAAAGCUCAGCGUCGAGUCACAGAAGAUCCACGAGGCAAAGUCGCUGAUCCAUCACGCCAGCAGGUCAAAGGCAGGGGGCUUUGGCUUCACUGAGGUCAUGUCGGGAUUCGUCCACGGUGAUGACGGGCUAGUUGCCGACAAGCGCGCCACCUAUGAGCUGGCUUACCGGACGGCCAAGAGCCUGUGCGAGAGCGCGAGGUUCUUCCUUAGCGUCCAGGCCUUCAACACGAAGUCCAUGAUCAAGGAGCCGGAUCACUCGGCCAUGUUGACGGGAACCUUUGUCUGUCCCACCAUCCGCGGGUCUCCGUUCAUGGUUCAACGAGGCGACUUUAACCUCUUCAUUCUCGAUCAGAAGGCUCCCGGAACCCGGAACAUGACCUACGACUUUGAUCUGCGAGGCGUCAACGGCGAGAAGUAUCACUUCCAUGGGUACAAGGUUGUCGAUUCUUCCGUCGCGCUGGCCCCGUUCCAGUUCUGGAAGGCCACCAGCACCCUCUACGUCACCGUCUCCGAGCCGAACCGCAGUCUGGAUGUCACCGAUGAUUGCGAAGAACCGUGGCGUCUCGGAAGGGUCAUCGCCAAGGGCAUCAUGCACAUCCAGCCCGCCGACUUCGUCUCCCAGAUCAUGACCAUGACGCCGACGGGCAGCAGUCUCAUCAGGAAGGCGUACAGCGCGGCGAGCUUCUUGACCUACUUCACCCGCAAGUCGCUGUCUCUCUUCCUUGCGCCCUUCACCCCUCUGCAGUACCCCAGCGUCACCUACAACGGUUACGUCAACGACACCCCCCCGACCGCGUCGUUUGUCAUCGUCGCUCGCGACGGCGUCAAGACGCGGAUGCACAUGUGGGAGCCGACCAACCCCAGCAUCGAGCCCAAGAACCUCUUCAUGAUCCCGGGUGCCGCCGUGGACCAUCAGAUCUACGCGCUGCCCACGAUCAAGUAUAAUGCGGUCAACUACUUCACGCGCGCUGGCUACCGCGUCUUCAUCGCAGUCCACCGCAUCGGCCAGCUGAUGGUUGCCCAGAACAACUGGACAACCUACGACGCUCGGCUCGACAUGCAGGCCUGCCUAGAGUACAUCCGUGAGAAGUACGCCGAGGGGAACUCUCCGGACAACAAGGUCUACUGCAUCGCCCACUGCAUGGGCAGCGUCGCCUUCUCGUGCGGCCUCCUCGACGGCACCAUCCCCUCGAGCUGGGUUCACGGCAUCACUGGCAGCCAGGUCUUCAUGAACCCCAUCUGGACGACCCUCAACAUGGCCAAGGUCAUGGCGGGCCCGAUCCCGCUCGACAGGAUGUACAAGAUGGUGCUAGGAAACUGGUUCUCCUGCAGCACGGCCAAGGAUGACAGCUUCCUCCAGCGGGCCCUCAACGAGGCGUUGCGGCUGUACCCGGAGGAGAGGAAGGAGAUCUGUAACAACGCCAGCUGCCAUCGUUGCACGCUCGUCUUCGGCCGGUGCUGGAACCACAACAAUCUCAACGAGGCAACGCACAGGCAGAUUGACCGCUUCUUCGGUGGCGUCAACAUGACACAGUUGCACCUCCUCAUGAAGCAGGGGUUCGAGGGCCACGUUAUGACCAACGGCCCGCUCUUCCGGCCUCUCACGACGACGGAGAACAUCCGCAGACUCAGGGGCAUCCCCGUCAUGCUCUUCGUCGGGCGCGACAACGCCGUGCUGACCCCCGAGGCGACAGAGCGCACGUACGAGAUCCUGUGCGACACGUUCGGGUCCCACGGCGGAGAUGGCCGGAAGGGGCUGCAGUAUCGUCGCCGCGUCGUCCCCGGGUACGGCCACCUAGACUGCUGGAUGGGCCGUAACGCGUGGAAGGACGUAUAUCCCUUUGUCAGGGAGGAGGUUGACCGUGUCGUCCGCGGGGAGGAUUACCACUUUGACGACCCCGAGGACAAGUUCUCCCGCAUGGUGGACAGCGGCGAGCUUCUGUACUAG